CGAGUCUCCAGACCUUUGUGCCUAUAAGAACAGAGCGACUCGUUUCGCCGAGGAGAAGAAAGCUUCAAGUUUAGUAAAAGAGAGCAGCUGGCAAGAAGGGUCAUCAGAGACCGAUCGGUCGAGGCGACGAGGAGCAAUGGCAGGAAAGGGGCCGCCGUCGUGGAUGAGGGCGGAGAGCCUCCUGCGCGGCGCGUGCGCGGCGAUGGCGGCGGCGGGGGCUCUGCUGCUGGGGCUCAGCACGGAGACCAAGACGGUGCUCUUCGUCCAGAAGAAGGCCGUCCCCAAGGACGUCCAGGCCCUCUGCAUGUCCGCCGUGUGCCAGGGUGCUGAUCGUGGCGGCCGCGGCCGCGGCGGGGUACCACGUCGUCCAGCUCGCCAGCAGGUGCCUCUACUCGCACCGCUUCCCCGGCGGCGGCUGCCGGCGUCUCAGGAGAGGGCUGGCAUGCGUCUCCUUCCUCCUCGACAAGGGGUGCGCGUACAUGGUGUUUGCGACCACGGCGGCGGCGCUGCAGGCGUGCGUGGUGGGGCUGACCGGCGUGGAGGCCCUGCAGUGGAGCAAGCUCUGCAACAUCUACACCAGCUUCUGCGUGCAGGGCGCCGCCGGCAUGCUCUGCAGCCUGCUCGCCGCCGCAGGCAUGGCCGUCCUCUCCGUCUUCUCGGCCCGCGACCUCUUCCGCCGCCCCUGCUCCUCGGCGGCCGGGCAGUGCGCGCAGAUCUAAGGACAGACUGGUCGCAGGCGAGCUCGGUCGAGAUGGGGUGUGUCGCACAGGCAGAUUCUGAGCGGGAAAAAGAAUAGCAACUAGAUAGUAGAGAGAGUGUCUAGCUUCGCUUGUAAGGUACUAGAAUUGCUUGGCCAAGGUCUGACGUUUCAUCUUGAUCAAGUUUAUAUGAGAAAUGAUGUGAAGUUUGCAGUUUUUUAUGGAAAAUCGUGUCCAAAUUUCGUCUUCACGGAGGCAAUUCUCUACUAUUGUACUUGUAGAGAAUAUUUGCAAACUUGAGGUGACUUUCAAGGCAAUACUUACAAUUUUCUGAAAAAAAAAGUUCUCAUGAAUCUAUAAAGUUUCAUUUUUCUGAAGAACGAACCUUUGCAUCAAAUUGUGCAAACGACCCUAUACCCAUGUUCCAAAUUCAUCCAUGCGUGUGCGCGUGGUCGGUUAACUAAAACAAUUAAAUUGCCAAAACAAUUAAUAUUAU